GCCUUCCUCGAACCGUGAACGGGAUCCCAUAAGGGUCAUUCCAAGCUGGAGGGCGGAUUCACCGCCUGGAGCCCACUGGGAAUGGCAGCCCCUUCUAUGAAAGAAAGGCAGGCUUGCUGGGGAGCCCGGGAUGAGUACUGGAAGUGUUUAGAUGAGAACACAGAGGACGCUUCUCGGUGCAAGAAGUUAAGAAGCUCUUUUGAAUCGAGUUGUCCCCAACAGUGGAUAAAAUAUUUUGAUAAAAGAAGAGACUACUUAAAGUUUAAAGAAAAAUUUGAAGCAGGACAAUUCCAGCCUUCAAAACCGACUGUGAAGUCCUAGGCUAUUCCUGAACUUGUCAGAAGGGUUGAAACGAUUCUCUCUGCACCUGCAGCAAUGCUCCGCUGACCGUGGCAAUGAUGGGACUCACCAUCAGUACUUGUUCCACACGCAAAUGGUCAAGUAACAGAUUCCAUCAUUCACACUAUGAAGAGUCGAAAUGGUAUGAAGUAUG